CCGGCGGGCGGGGCGCGGGCUAUAAAUCCGCCCCGCGGCGGUGGGCGGCGGCGGUAGGAGCGCGGCGGCGACGGCGCACGGAGAGCGGCUCCCGCGGCGGAUACCAGCUACUGACCAUGUCAGCAGAGUUCCAGGAUGCUCACCUUGCAGAGGUGAAACCUCUCGUAGAGAAGGAGGAGGCUAUCACUCGCCUCCUUCCAGACUUUGAUGUUCAGGAGCAAGAUGUGGAAACUGUGCAUGGCUCUGUCCAUGUCACUAUGUGCGGGACUCCCAAAGGCAACAGACCUGCCAUCCUCACAUACCAUGACAUUGGGCUGAAUCAUAAAACUUGCUUCAAUCCUCUCUUCAACUUUGAGGAUAUGCAGGAGAUCACCCAGCACUUUGCAGUUUGCCACGUGGAUGCGCCUGGUCAGCAGGAUGGAGCAGCAUCCUUCCCAGCUGGGUACGUAUAUCCCUCCAUGGAUCAGCUGGCUGAAAUGCUUCCAGGAAUCCUGAAACAGUUUGGGCUGAGGAGCAUCAUUGGAAUGGGAACGGGAGCCGGUGCCUAUGUCUUAACUAGAUUUGCUUUAAACCACUCGGAUAUGGUGGAAGGACUAGUUCUCAUUAAUGUAAAUCCUUGUGCUGAAGGCUGGAUGGACUGGGCAGCAACCAAGAUUUCAGGUUGGACAAAUGCUUUACCAGACAUGGUCAUUUCACAUCUUUUUGGAAAGGAAGAGAUUCAGAGCAACCAUGACCUGAUCCAUACUUACCGUCAACAUAUUAUUAAUGAUAUGAAUCCAACCAACCUUCAUCUCUUUGUCAACUCUUACAACAGUCGUCGAGAUCUAGAGAUUGAGCGGCCUGUUCCCGGAAUAAAUGUUGUCACCCUGCAAUGCCCUGUGCUCCUGGUGGUUGGUGACAGCUCCCCCGCCGUGGAUGCUGUGGUUGAAUGUAACUCAAAGCUGGACCCAACAAAGACUACACUUCUGAAGAUGGCCGACUGUGGUGGGCUCCCUCAAGUUUCCCAGCCUGCAAAACUUGCAGAAGCCUUCAAAUAUUUUGUUCAGGGAAUGGGAUACAUCCCCUCUGCCAGCAUGACCAGGCUGAUGCGGUCCCGUACAGCGUCUGGCUCCAGCGUAACCUCUUUGGAAGGCACGAGGAGCCGGUCUCACACCGGGGAAGGCACGAGGAGCCGGUCUCACACUGGCGAGGGCACAAGAAGCCGGUCCCACACUGGUGAUGGUGCCAGGAACCGCUCGCACACGGACACGCGCAUCGAGCUGACGCCAAACUCCGCAAGCAACGCCGAACAAUCAAGCCCCAAGUCCAUGGAAGUCUCGUGUUAAACGCGCGUUGGUGGUUUAAACUGGUCGCACUUGGAAAUAUGAAUGGAUGCCCCCUGUGUAUCACAAAGCAUAACUGGUAUUAGUCUCGAGCUUUUUCCGUAGGAUGAACUCUGUUCACCAGGGUCUGACAGGGACCAAAGAAAAGAAGCAUCUCAUUUGCUCUAUCUUUAUUCUCCUAACUCAGACAGUUGCUGCUAUUGUACCCUCCUUCAGUGGAUGCCAAAUUCUAAAGGAUACUUGCCAAAAGCUGAUGUGGUUGUAAACACUUCAGAGUCGAAGCAGACUCACUUAAUAUCCUCCUUCAAAAUCAAAACCGUUACAUGCCCCUUUAUCUCUUAUUCUCUUGAAGUAAACUGGCACAAUUUGAGAUGAGUUUUGGAGGGGGAGAAAAAUCACUAUUACAGAUGGCUUUUAAAAAAGAGAGACAAAAAUGUGUUAUGGCCUCAUGUUGAAGCUGGAGUUGAAUUCAUUGUAUAUAGCUUGACUUCAAAUGAUAGAAGUUAAUGUAUCGUGCAUUUAUAGGCCUUCUAAUUCAUUAGCAUUCAAGCCUGUUUUCCUAUGUACAAUAAUAUAAUACUAAAAUAGACAAUUUUAAUGUGACUUUGAGAUGAACUAAAUCUUUAUGCUUUUUUAUUUCACUUUUUGGAGAUUUAGUUCCAAUCUUCCUUUCCCCCACCCCACCCAGAACCAAAAACCUGCUUAGACAAAUGAGGACAAGAUUUAAGUUUUGUAAGUGAGGUAGCAUUUCCUCUUUGGGAUCUUGGGCCAAAGGGUUUACAACACUGCAAACGUUGGCGUAGUUUUAACAAGUAGAGUAGCUGUACAAGCCAGCAAAAGAGAAGCAGCUUGAUUUCUACUUCAGACAGCCUCUUAUCUUUGCAGCUCAAGUUUUUGUGUCCAGCACAAUUGUAAUCAUAAAUUCAGAAUUCAGUAAGCCAAGCCAGAUCCAGCUGUUCUUUGUCAAGGGGAUGAAUAACUGUAGGAUGGCAUGUAAUUAGGUACUGUACAUUCAACUGCCACUAAUUACCAGAUUGGAAACUCUGAUUAGAACUGGCUGGUGCUGAGCAGUGUAUCCCACAAAGCAGUGGCGCCAGCAACGCUGUAACUGAGCAAACGAGGUGUUUAAUGGCUGCAUAAGUGCAGUGAGCUGCUGGUUCUGCAUCUUUAUGUGGCCUCCUGCUCUCCUGGGCUACUUUUUUUUUUUUUUUUUUGGAUGCUAGUGGCUUGAUACCUUUCUGCCAGUCUGAUUUUCACAGCUGGGUGUUCUUCAGUUUGUCCUUCCAUAUGUAGUGGGACAGGUUGUCACGCGCUCCAGUGCCUGCUUGUGGCAUUGCAGUCCUCACGUAAACACGAAAACUCAAAUGCUGAGCAGUUAAAUAGCAAAUGUUAAUACUUUGGGAUUGCUUAUUCAGAAGAACACCGUCUACGUUACUUUAUAUUGACUAACUUCAGCUCUUGUGUAGAAUAUCCGUAACAGCUUGUGGGAAGAACAGACAAUUUCAAGAAAGAAUAAAGCUAUUGUGUAAAGUCUAUCAAGAAAAGUUUCUUAAUGAAGUAUUUGUAUUUAUUUCAAAACAAAUAAAUUUGUAACUUUGCAA